CAGUCUCACGCUCCACUGACCCGGCUGACAAGAGAGUUCAUGGAAAUAAAUAAAUAAAAGAGGAUUAUAGAUGCUAACCAAUUCACUGGAUCUCUUGUGUGUGCGUAUACGAAGAGGCACGCCGUAACGAAAGAAAUAGCAAGAAGGAUUAGAAGCAAACCUUUGGAAGAAAUCCACAAAAUUGAUAUCAAUGUCCGUGUCAUACGAUUUCCUUCUCAUUUCUGUUCUCUCUCUCUCUCUCUCUCUCUCUCUCUCUCUCUCUCUCUCUCUCUUUCUUUCUUUCUUUCUGUCUCUCGGCGUGCUUACUCCAGUGAUUAUUUGAGUAAUGCCCUUCUCGAUCUAGUUUCAAAUACUUAUCUAUCACUUGUAUUAUCCGUUUCACAUUUUAGAGUUUAAAGCUAAAAGUAACCAUAGAAUACGUAAAUGUGGCUUACCAUACAUGCUACUUAGACCAACUGAUUCGUAAUCUCGUUUUAUAACUGCCACAAACGCUCACAACUAAAUCAAGAUAAUUUCUGUCUACUGAUAAACAAUUUCUUGUACACUUCUAGAAACUAGCUGGAGCAGAAACUAUUUGCUCUGUCCAUAGUCGAGCAUUGAGACGAACAAGUGUGUAGCUGCAGAGAUACGUAUACAUGACAUUUUGGAAAUAAUACAACUUAUGUUUGGGUUCCUGUCUACUGUAACAUGUUCUUGGAUUCUGAUGUGUAGUACAAUUAAAACUUUAUACAUAUUCGAUAUUCUAUAGAAGAAAGUUAGCGUCAAUGUUCUCAAUCAUAUUCGUCGCUCAUUUUGAAAGGAUUCAGCUUAUUACAAUCAACCAAAGAAGAUGUAGUUCUGCUUCUUUUUUUUUUAAUCCCAUCAUAAAAUCAGGCAGGACUCUCAUGUAAUGAUGGGAUAUUGGAAAACUACUGAAAAUAACCGGAAAAGGAUCGAUCAAUUGACUUCAAGAUGAGUUUCAAAGCAGUACUAAAUGUUUGCUGCAAAACAUUCGGCAUCAAAUGCCGAAUUAAAAUCUUCUUUGAGAGUUCAUGAUGGCUAGCCAAAACGAUGAAUUAGAACGCGCAUUAGCUUAUUGAUUUCAAACCAGGUGACCAAUCGUAGGUCACAGAUAGGAAUUCUUCCACUGCAACGACAGUUAAUCCGUUAAUGAUAACCAAAUUGGACGAUGAGCGAUCAAACGAAUGAUUCCUGCCAAAUGUGAUAACAGAACAGAAUCUAUGUAAUGGAAUAAUAGAAAAACAAUGUUUAAAAUGUUAUUGAAAACUUCUAACAUAAUAUUAAACCAAAAACAAAAAGUCAUUCGAACAGUGUAUCGACCCUUGCAGCAAAAAGGGAAACGAUAGAGAAGCGAAGACUCUAUGAGUGAGGCAGAUGAGAUGCUCUUUGGAAGGAUUUUUCUAUCAGAACACCAUAACUCUACAUCGAAGAGGAAGAGAGGGCAUGAGUGGAGAUCAAGCAAUAGGAAGACGAAUUAUCGAAAGGAACCAUGAUACGAAAGAGCCCAAUCAGGCACGGGGAUAUAUGAUGCACACGCGUUUGAUGAGAGUUUGUAAUCAACGACUAUAUGAAGGUUUUAUAGUAACGACGGUAAGAACAAAAGCACUCUUCUAAACCCACCCGAAGGCACAAUGUUUCGAAGUCAUGCAUUUCGGUUUUGCAAACAUAAAAGUACAAACGAUCGUUUUGCGUUGCUCUAAGUUCACCAGCUGCGCAGCAGUGAUGGGUUGUUUCGAAAGUAUUUCCUUGAAAAUGAAAUGGUUCCAAGCCCACCGUCCUGUAUGUAGUGUCCGAAUGCUGUGGAUUCUAGUCACAAUUAGCCUAGCUUAUUUUUAAACAAGUGAUUCGACAAAACUCUGUUUCACUUUCGAUUACCCUCCCGAUAGGGACAUCCUAACACUUCACAACUAUCAUAACCUGUAAACGUUGUAGCUCGCAAUACAUAAGCUAUCUCAAUUUAUUUAACUAUUUCACAAGAACUGCUGCAAACAAUCUAUCUGAUUACGAGGGGUGUUCCGAGAAACGAACCUCAUGGCGUUCAGGUGUACGAAACAGUAGAGAACCGGAAUCAAUAGAUGCAUAAGCACUACAGAAUACUCCCUAAAGGAGACGAGCGGAUCGGAAGGAAUUCUGUUUGUCGAAUUGCUUGAACUAUUGAAUCAACCCGUUAAGCAUUAAGCACACUGUACGAAACCAUGUCGUGUACAAGUACUCCCAUCAUGUAAAUGUUUUCAUUGUGUUCCGCUGAUUGAUGGCAUGUGCAAAUGAAUUUCAUUAAUACUCGAUUUUCAAUUUAUUCAAUAAAAGUUUACUUGAAUAUGGAA